CACAGUCAAUUAGCAAAAAAACAAGCAGAAAUGACAAAAGCAGGCAAAGAACCCGAAGUACCUGAUUUCAAGAAAUUUAUGGAUUUGGAUUUUAAAAAUAAAAAAUUAGAAGAGUGGCGUAACAAUCUGCCAGAUGACCUAGCCGCCAGAUUGACAAAGGAAAAAUUAUAUAACCUAUUCCAGGACGUUUCUUAUGACAUCUUAUCUGAACUGCUUAUGGCUCUUGAUAAUAAUUUCCAAGAAACUGUUGAGUUGUGGGAAUCGAACCCACGGACUUGGACUCAGAAAGAAGGUACGCCCGUUGCGCCAGUCGGCCGUCGUACAGUCGCCAGCUCUACUUGAAUUUUGCUCACAAUCGAGGGCUUCUGGAAGAACACUCUUU